UUAAGGGAGGCGGUGCCCCCGGGCACUAACAUUUUGAUUUCUGCUACGAAUCUUGCUGCUUCCUUGAGGCUGCAGCUGUUCGCCCCCCUUCGCAAGUGCCCUGCAGAGUAGUGGCCGAGUUGAGUCCCCUGGCACCCUGGAGCGCCCACCGCUCGCUUGGGAUUGUGGUUUUGCUCCGAGGAGCCGCGCACGACCCUAGGAGAUGCCUCGGCACGCGCUCUGGAUCUUCCUCCUGGCGAUUCUGAAGGCGAGAGGGGAGCUGCCUUUCAUCGCAGAGAACAACGCCGCGAUGAUGGUGAACUGGAAUGCUGUGGAAGAAAACAAAAAACUCUAUGCAAUUUAUGACACAAGUGUGAGCGAUCAUGGGAACAUGUCCUUCGUGAAAGAAACGGUGGAUAAAUUGCUGAAAGGCUACGACAUUCGCCUCAGACCGGAUUUUGGAGGCCCCCCAGUGAACGUCGGGAUGAACAUAGACAUUGCCAGCAUCGACAUGGUGUCAGAAGUCAACAUGGACUACACACUAACUAUGUACUUUCAACAAUACUGGAGAGAUAAAAGACUAGCCUAUGCUGGGAUUCCUCUCAACCUUACGCUUGAUAACCGAGUAGCGGAUCAACUAUGGGUGCCUGAUACUUACUUCCUAAACGACAAGAAAUCAUUCGUGCACGGUGUUACUGUUAAGAAUCGAAUGAUUCGCCUUCAUCCAGAUGGUACAGUGUUGUAUGGCCUCAGAAUUACAACCACUGCAGCUUGCAUGAUGGACUUGCGAAGAUACCCAUUAGAUGAGCAGAAUUGUACACUGGAAAUAGAAAGCUAUGGAUACACAACAGAUGACAUAGAAUUUUACUGGCGAGGUGGGAAUAAUGCAGUCUCUGGAGUGGAAAGAAUUGAACUUCCUCAGUUCUCUAUUGUGGAACACAAACUUGUGUCCAGGAAUGUUGUCUUUGCCACAGGUGCCUAUCCAAGACUGUCGCUGAGCUUUAAGUUGAAGAGGAAUAUUGGAUACUUCAUUCUUCAGACCUACAUGCCCUCGAUACUGAUUACCAUUUUAUCAUGGGUGUCCUUCUGGAUCAAUUAUGAUGCAUCUGCAGCAAGAGUUGCUCUCGGCAUUACAACUGUGCUUACUAUGACAACGAUCAACACUCAUCUCAGAGAGACUUUGCCUAAGAUUCCCUAUGUCAAAGCCAUUGACAUGUAUCUCAUGGGCUGCUUUGUAUUUGUCUUCUUGGCCUUACUUGAAUAUGCUUUCGUCAACUACAUCUUCUUUGGAAAAGGCCCUCAAAGGCAGAAGAAACUUGCAGAAAAGACGGCCAAAGCAAACAACGAUCGCUCUAAAUUCGAAAGCAACCGGGUGGACAUGCAUGGGAAUAUUCUGCUAACAUCCCUCGAAAUUCACAAUGAAGUUGCAAGCAAUGAGGUCACCACAAGCGUCACCGAUCCUCAGAAUUCAACAAUAUCCUUUGACAGCUCAGGUAUCCAGUACAGAAAACAGAGUUCGCAUCGAGAAAACCUUGGAAGGCGUACAUUGGACAGAACUGGCGCCCACACAAAGAAGAGUCAUUUACGGAGAAGGUCUUCACAGCUAAAGAUAAAAAUUCCUGACCUAACGGAUGUGAACGCCAUAGACAGAUGGUCAAGAAUGGUGUUUCCUUUCACAUUUUCUCUUUUCAACUUAAUCUACUGGCUAUACUAUGUCAACUAAAUUGACUUUACUUCUUCUUCUUUUUUUAAAAAAAGACUUCAACAAGUUAAAUAUUAAUUUGCCUGUUAUUUUGUAUGUGUACAUAAGAACUUUUACACUAUAUACAUAUAUAAAUAUAAAAUAUAUAUAAAUAUAUUUAAAAUCCUGUUUAUGUGUGUACAUAUAUUGUGAAAGAAUGUGUAUUAUACCCAUUGUGCAUACACAUAUGUACUAUAUAUAUACACACACACUCUGUACUUUCGGAAGAUAACGGACAGUUUAGCAGAAUGCGCAUUAAGUGAUUUUUAAAAAAUAAAAUAAAAAGUAUGGAGAGGCAAGUGCUCUGAAAACUGUAGGUUUUGAUAAAUCUAAAAGUCAUUUAAGACCACCCAAAUAUUUUUCAGACCUCUGCAAUUCCAUAUUUAUCAGAAUUAUGUGAUAUUGUUUGUGGAAACUUGACUGCUCAUUAACUGGUAGAAUUAACACUGGUACGCUUUCUCUAAGUUAUAUUUCCUAAUCAUUGAACCAAUGAACCUAAUCAAUAUUUUUUAUUUUUUAUUUUUGCUAAUGUUUUGUGUUUUAUAUUCUAGCAAAGAUCAGUUUCCCUAUCAAAAAAUGGGCAUCGUCCUUUUAGCGAUCACUUGUUUAUUCUCAUGUAGCAAGUAAAAUCUUGAUCAAGAGAUCAGUUUGCUUCGCGUUCAUAGGAUUUGCGAUCCUUAAGAAGCUAUUGGACGUUGCAAAGCAGCCUCUUCUUAUGUGAUACAGUGCAUUAUAUAAUGUUUUAAUUUAAUAUUCCAAUUACAGUAUAGGAUUAUUUUGAGGAGAGAAUCCCUACAGCAUAAUGUUACUGGAAUGUUGUUUGAAAUGCAACUGCUGCUAACAUAUUUAGGAUCUAUUCUGAUCUAUACAGGGUUAUCAAAUCUUCUCCUUUGCAGGGGUACUAUAAUCUGAGGAGAUUAUUUCUGAGGAAAAUUUUAGCACAAACAUUGCUCCACGUUCUGCUGUACCUGCUUCCCCUUUGCAAAUCUUCUCCAUGUUACAGUGGAGCAGCCAGGCAGAACAAAUCAGUUCCACAAAAGAAUAGAUAAGGUUUAUAUAUAUAUAUAUAUAUAUAUAUAUAUAUAUAAAGCUUCUCUGUGCCACAGAGCUUUUCAAAUUUCCAGAAUGCCAGGCAAUGGAGGAUAUGAUAAUCUUAGUCCAUUGUUUCUUUAAUUAUUAGUAUUCCAAUGAUAAACUAGAAGACACCUCAGGUUAAAAACGAAAAGGGAAAACCAUGCAUUUACAUUACCAAACAUUCUUAGAACAUGAUUAAUGUAAGAUAUAUUUGCAUAAUAUGCAUAUAUAUGAAUAAUUUACCCAAUUUUCUUUCUAGUGCUUGCUACUGUGACUGCAUGCUAUAUCAUACUUUUGUUUCUGUGAUGUUACAGCUUUCUCUUCUCUAGAAUUAAACCAAUAUAGCACUUCUAAUGUAUAAAUUCAAUAACAGAACAUUUUCACAUCUAUUUUGUACAUAUAUAUGUAUAUACACACUAAAACCGCUAGUAUAGCUGAUAUGCUACAUUCACAAACCAUAAAUAAUGGAGAACAAAUGUCUUGCUUCAGCAUUAAAUGCAUUCAGUCAUUUUC